GACACGUCCGGGCGAUCGAUCUGGCACUCGUACUGGACCAUCGAGAAGAGCUCGCAGGCCGACAGGUCGACCCGCCCGCCUUUGCGCGCGCGGCCCUCGGUCGCUUGGAUCUCGGAUUCGAGCCGGGAGGCUGGGAAGACUCGGCACGGGGGUGCCAUAUCGACUCUGUCUUUCUCUCUUCGUCUUUCUCUCUCUCUCUUUUAUUAAUAUGUGAUAUACGUGAAUGGAAAGAAAAGGAGGAUGAAUAGGAACGUGGCAACGGCGAAACACGUCGGUGCUCAAUUAUUGGGUGAUAUUGAAGAGGGCAGCUUGGAAGAGCUUCUCAACUCCCUCCGCCUACAUCCCCCAGCCGGCUCUUCUACUCCCAUCCGCCCAAACAUCCCCAUCCCGGCCCUAGCCAACAUAGCAACUCGCCACCACAAAGCAGCGCAAUCCACCCCACCACCUGUCCUCUCCGUGAGCGGGCGAUACCUCCCGUUCCUGUACCACUUGAUAUCCUCGCUCAUCGCCGAGCCGCACACCUACGCGGUGGUCGUAGUCGACGCCGAGCGCCGUUUCGACGUGUCCCGCCUCGUCGGUUCCCGCUCCCCGAGCAGCUAUCCGGCGCGGCUGGACGAUCUGCGCCACGUAUACGUGUGCCGGCCCGCGCGGGCGCGGGACCAGGUGCGGGCGGCGGUGCAGGCGGCAGGAGAGUGGAUGCUGUACGGGGCGCACGGGAGCCGGGGCCGGGAGCUGUGGGGCACGGUGGUGAUUGGCGGGGGCGAAGGAGGAGGAGGAGGAGGGGGAGGAGGCGGUGCGAGCGUAAAGGGGGAUGUACAUGCUGGUUGGAAGGGCUGGCUUAGGGUCGAGAGGGAAGAGGUGGAGGGAUUUCCGGCGGGCGCGAGCGUAGAAGAAGCACUGCGCGAUAGGGAUAGGAGGCAGGAGGUUGUGGAAGAUGCGGGAUGGGUAGCGAGUUCGAAGGUUGGGAGUUAUUUGUGGAGGAAUAAUUGAUUAAUUAAUUCUUUUUUUUUUUUUGCUGGUCUCAUGGAUGUGCCUCUCUAUGUUUUUUACAAGCAGUCAAGCCCCAACAUAGCCAGACGAUCACACCAAAGUAUUUUAUUUCAUUUAUUUAUUAUUCAUUCAUCUUACUCUAACUUGUAACGCCAAUACGUUUACGUUAAUCCGUUAUACAAGCCUCUGGUUUAUAUAUAACUCGU